GCGGCGAUGACACGGCGCCCGCGGCGGCCCCGAGGCGCCGGGCGGGCCGUUUGCUGACCGGAUCGCGGCUGCCCGCCAGCGUGUCCGCCGCGCCGCCGCCAGCAUGGGCUGCGCCCCGAGCAUCCACAUUUCCGAGGGCCGGGCGGUGUACCACGGCGGCAAGGAGGCCGAGGACGCGCCGGGCGCCGCCGCGCCGCCGCCGCCCGCCGGGCCGCGCCUCCCACCCGGCCCGAAGACCACCGCCUCACCCGGGGCCCGCGGCGCCGGCCUCGCGGAGUCCGAGCCUCGCGACGGCAGCGGCAGGAAGGUAGCAGUAGCUGAUGUGCAGUUUGGCCCCAUGAGAUUUCAUCCACAUCAACUCCAGGUACUUUUAGUGUUUACCAAAGAAGAUAACCAGUGUAAUGGAUUCUGCAGGGCGUGUGAAAAAGCAGGGUUUAAGUGCACAGUUACCAAGGAGGCUCAGGCUGUUCUUGCCUGUUUCCUGGACAAACAUCAUGACAUCAUCAUCAUAGACCACAGAAACCCCCGGCAGCUGGACGCAGAGGCGCUGUGCAGGUCUAUUAGAUCAUCAAAACUCUCUGAAAACACAGUUAUUAUUGGUGUAGUACGCAGGACGGAUAGAGAAGAGUCAUCUGUGAUGCCCCUCAUUGCUGCUGGCUUUACAAGGAGGUAUGUGGAAAACCCCAGCCUCAUGGCCUGUUACAAUGAACUGCUCCAGCUGGAGUUCGGAGAGGUGCGGUCCCAGCUAAAACUCAGGGCUUGUAACUCAAUAUUCACUGCAUUAGAGAGAAGUCAAGAAGCAAUUGAAAUUACAAGUGAAGACCACAUUAUACAGUAUGCAAAUCCUGCAUUUGAAACAACCAUGGGCUAUCAGUCAGGCGAAUUAAUAGGAAAGGAGUUAGCAGAAGUGCCUAUAAAUGAAAAAAAGGCUGAUUUGCUCGAUACUAUAAAUUCAUGCAUCAGGAUAGGCAAGGAGUGGCAAGGAAUCUACCACGCCAAAAAGAAAAAUGGAGAUAAUGUGCAACAAAAUGUGAAGAUAAUACCUGUCAUUGGACAGGGAGGAAAAAUUAGACACUAUGUGUCCAUUAUCAGAGUGUGCAAUGGCAGCAAUAAGGCUGAGAAAAUAACUGAAUGUGUUCAGUCUGACACUCACACAGAUCAUCAGUCAGGCAAACAUAAAGACAGAAGGAAAAGCUCACUAGAUGUCAGAACUCUUGCUUCUCGAACAAGCGAAGUUGGCAGCCAGAGGCGACACUCCUCCAUGGCCCGGAUACAUUCCAUGACGAUCGAGGCGCCCAUCACCAAGGUAAUCAACAUUAUCAGUGCUGCCCAGGAAAGCAGCCCCAUGGCUGUGACAGAAGCCUUAGACCGUGUGCUGGAAAUUCUAAGAACCACUGAAUUAUAUUCACCACAGUUUGGUGCUAAGGAUGAUGAUCCUCAUGCCAAUGACCUUGUUGGGGGCUUAAUGUCUGAUGGUUUGCGAAGAUUAUCCGGGAAUGAGUAUGUUCUUUCAACAAAAAAUCUUCAGCAGAUGCCCAGCAGUAUAAACGCCCCCAUCUCCCUUCACGACGUCCCCCCACGGAUAGCUCGGGCCAUGGAAAACGAAGAGUACUGGGACUUUAAUAUAUUUGAACUGGAGGCUGCCACACAUAAAAGGCCUUUGAUUUAUCUUGGUCUCAAAAUGUUUGCUCGCUUCGGAAUCUGUGAAUUCUUGAACUGCUCCGAGCCGACGCUGAGAUCGUGGUUACAGAUCAUUGAAGCCAGUUACCACUCUUCUAACCCCUACCACAACUCGACACACUCUGCCGACGUGCUUCACGCCACUGCCUACUUUCUCUGCAAAGAGAGGAUAAAGCAAACUUUAGAUCCGGUCGAUGAGGUCGCUGCACUUAUUGCAGCCACCGUCCACGACGUGGACCACCCUGGGCGAACCAACUCGUUCCUGUGCAAUGCUGGAAGUGAGCUGGCCAUCUUGUAUAAUGACACUGCUGUGCUGGAGAGCCACCAUGCGGCCCUGGCUUUCCAGCUGACCACCCGAGAUGACAAAUGCAAUAUCUUCAAGAACAUGGAGAGGAAUGACUAUCGGACGCUGCGCCAGGCUAUUAUCGACAUGGUCUUAGCCACAGAAAUGACAAAGCACUUCGAGCACGUCAACAAAUUUGUCAACAGCAUCAACAAGCCCCUGGCAGCACUCGAAGUAAAUGGGGAAGUGAAUAGAGAUGAAGAAGCCAUAAACACUAUGCUCAGGACUCCAGAGAACCGGACUCUGAUUAAACGAAUGCUGAUUAAAUGUGCAGAUGUGUCCAAUCCCUGCCGACCCCUGGAGCAGUGCAUUGAGUGGGCCGGACGCAUCUCAGAAGAAUAUUUUUCUCAGACUGAUGAGGAGAAGCGGCAGGACUUACCUGUGGUGAUGCCAGUUUUUGACAGAAACACCUGCAGCAUCCCCAAAUCCCAAAUCUCCUUCAUUGACUACUUCAUCACAGACAUGUUCGAUGCCUGGGAUGCCUUUGUAGACCUGCCUGAGUUAAUGCAGCAUCUUGACAACAACUUUAAAUACUGGAAAGGACUGGAUGAAAUGAAGCUGCGGAGCCUCCGACCGCCCCCGGAAUAGUGCGUCACACCGCCUGGGCCCCGAAGCUUUGUCCCUCCACUCAUUUGGAAUUCCUGAGGGCAGCCAGAGUUCCUGGAUCCUUUCAGUAUUAGGCAGAACAGUGCCCAGGUCUGCAGAGCCUGUGAAAGCACACGGGGCAUCGAUGACCUUCUGCAGCCACCAUCCGAUGCCAUUGCCGCAAAGUGCGACCCAGUCCGCCAUAUUGGGCGUGCAGCAGGGGCUCUUUAGGAAAGUCACAGGAGAACCAGUUUGCACUAACUUUCCUUAUCAUGAGCUCAGAGGGACCCUCCAAAGGACACUGAUGGAUUUCCUCCCAGUGACAGAGAAUGUCUUGUUGCAAACAAUUUCUCUCAACUGUGUCCAGCACUUAGAAACAGCUCAUGGCAAUCGGAGUUUUAGGAACUUUUUCACAUCAUAGAAGGUGCAAUCACUCACUUUGGAACACUACUGAAAGUGACUUCUCUUUUGAAACUGAGUAGCAAAUGAAAAAUACAAAAAUUUUGAAGUUGAUUAUUAAAUACAAAGAAAUUUUGAAGUUGAUUAAUAUCAAUUAUUAAAAUGUUUUAUUUAUUUUAUUAGAAGUUCAAUAUUUUCUAUGAAUUUUGAAAUACUUCAAAGCCAAAGCCAACUUUAAAUGCCAUGACCAAAUUUACAUAAUUCAUAUUCAUUAAAUAUGUAUUACUUGGUGUACAGACUUAUUUUCAUAAUGCAAAUUAAAACUAUAAAAUGACACAUUUUUACUGCACUACAGAAAUAUUUGUGUAUGUUAGACUUUUCUGAUUGAUGCUAGUUGGGAAAAGCGGUCUUUGGGAGGCUCUGAGUGUAAAGCCCUCCAGGAGAGCACCUCCUCCGUACAGGAAGCAGAGUUCUGAAACUCUGGUCAUCUGAUGGGCUUUGCCAGUGACUCCCCAAAGUCAACAAAACUCAGACCUAACACCUUUUUCCUAAAAUAAUUGAAUUCCCAAAAAUCUGCCUUAUUUUAUAGUGUUUCUACAAGAUACUCCCUAUGAAAGAACAAAAAUGGACUAUUUAGUGAGCUGACAUUUUAUAACCAAUCUGUUUUCAUCUGAGGUGGGAAUCUUUGAUUCCAGAAAUUUAUAAAGUUCUGUAUCUUCAUGUUUUGAAUAAGUGUAGUACCGUAAAAAAUGACACAUGAUAACAUGUCAAAGUGCUUGUCAUUUCAUUUUAAAGUUGUAUUUUUCCCCAGAUAAAAAUGAAAUUAAACUAUUUGUUUUUAAGAAA